AUGAGUAAUGAAUGGCUCAAAUUAGGAAUUAGUAAUAAAUGUAACGUAACAUGUAAUUGCAGUUACAAAGAUGGUCCUUUUGUUGCAAAAAGGGAAGAUGCCCUACCCAGUGACAUAGGCUUUACCAGAUAUACUCACAGUCUUUCAAGUGGAGGACCAUUUACUCUUAAGAGAGAGUUAGCUAAAGGUGGAGGCCAAAUAGGGGUAACACCAGGAUCAGACACUGAAAUUCAAACUGUUACGGAAGUUUCUGUCUAUUAUUGGAAUGGAGAACCUGACAAUCCUAUUCUGCUUGGAAUUAAAAAGAGUAGUUUGCAGGAUGAUAGUAAUCAACCAAAGUACUACGGUAAACUACUCAGUGUUUGGGGUCCUAGCCAAGUGGAAGGUCUGGAAGAACAACAGGCACUAGAUCACCAAAACUGCCAACACAACAGUGCUAUACCUUUUGAUAUCAAGAACCCAUUAUUGUUUUCUGCAAGUAACUCUGAGUGUUUAAAUUCCAGGACACAAGUAAUAUCUAGUAAUGGUUCCAGACAAAUUGGUAAAGAUGAUAGGUAUUUGAUAGAAUACUACAAGAUUAAUAAUGUUAAUGUCAAAAUUUCCAGAGCUACAUAUAACAACGAGGAUACUACCGUUACACCACCUAACAUACCUAUAUCUCAAAUAAGGGUAUAUUAUUGGUCUAAAAGACCGUCUGAGCCUCUUAUGGUUGAGUUUAAACCAAGGGGUAGAUGGGAAUCGGUUUGGUUUGAGAGAUUAACCCAUGCAGGCACCGUAUGGGAAUCUAUAUGCAAAAUAGACUCAGAAGCCUUUUAUUCUGAACCAAAAAAAUUAGAUUCAAUUCCACAAUUCAUUAAAAGGUUAGAUAAAGUAAGCUGCACGAUUAAUCAUGCUGUUAAAAUAGAUAUAUCCAAGAAGGAUGUUAGGUAUUGUCAUGAAAAAUGUUCAAACAAAAGGAUAUACUCUAAGAGAGUCAGUAGUGAAAUUCCGAACUAUAUAAUCUAUGAACAUAUUUCUGCCAUUGAUAAUGAGAAAACUUUCACAAUAUCUUCGAUAUACAACGAUAUUAUAAAACAGGAUAUUGGUGAUCUAGUUCUAAAUCUUUAUAAUAUAGAAAAGUUAAUAGUAUUUUUUCCAACAUGUAACGAAAGAGUCCCUGUUGCGAUACAUAUUGAACAUAUGGUAGGACCUAUAAAAGAAGAUAAAUGGCUUGAAAGAACAUCUGACGAUAACUGGAGAGAUGUCACUAUAGACUUUCAGGGGAAAACUGGUGAUGUAGUAGCAUUAAAAGGUCUUAUGGACAAGAUUAGAGAGGAUACAGAAGCAUGUAAUCAAUAUCACCUUCCUAAUACACAACAUACUAGUGCUCUAGCAGGAAAAGUACCCACUUUGGAUGAUGAAACUGUUGAUGUCAGUCUGAAAAAUGAUCUUGGAGGUGAUGACCUGGGUUAUGGAGAUGAGGAAUAUUACGAAGUAAAGGAAGAAGAUAAAUUGGAGAUUCCCACACUUUCAGCUCUACAAAGUUCUCCACAAGGAAUUACUAUUGAUAUAAGGAGAAAACUUAGUGAAGACGGCGGAACAUACAUUCCUCCAAAUGGGCAAAUUGUUCAACUGAGUAGGGAAGAGUAUCCCCUAGGCUCUGGCUUCUACAAGUUCACACAUAAGUCACCCAGUGGAGGCUCUUUUAAGGUUAAGGAAGUUAAGUAUGAUGGUAAAACCAUAAAUCAUUCUCGAUUACAAUUUGACAAUGCUAGUGAUAUUGAGCACCUUGCGGUAUGGUAUUGGUCUGGAGAUACUUCCAUGAAUAGCCCUCUUCUCACAGAAGUGAAAGUGAGAGCUGGAGAAUACAAGUAUAGUAAAAAUGAGGGAGGAAAUAAUUGGGUUCAACAUGCCAGAGACUCUUCAGAAGAAAAGAGACCAUUCCAAGGUGAAUCCCUUGAACAUACACUAGAUGGUCUUAACUGCCAACAUAACAAUGCAGUUACCAUGGAUCUAUCUUUUCAAAAUUCUGAGGAGCGUUCUAAGAAGCAUACCAGUAGUGGAAAUGGUAAUAGAUAUUGUUGCAUUUACCACAAGGAGACUAGUGCGAAAAGGAUCACUGUUACUCCACAUGAAGUUUCUUGUACAGAACAUUCUAACAACUCAACUCAUAUUCCCUACUUCAAACAUGAUGUUACUUGUGCUGGUAAAGUUAAGCUUGCAAAGAUAAAAUACUAUCCAAAUGGUAGCAAUAAUAGUAUUAGGAAGAGAAUUAAACUAGAGGACAAUGACUUUCCUAUAGAGGGUUCACUCACUGUUUCUGCAUUCUACUGUACAGGAGAAGCUCCAGUGCUGAUUUACUUGGAAUAUAAUGGUAAAAAGGAUCACCUUAAAGGAUGGUAUAAGAAGGGAACUCAGGAUACUGAUCCCUGGGGAAGAGUUGCUGGUAACAUCUCCACUAAAACACCUUAUGGUAUCAAAAGCUGUAGUGACGAGAGAUUUAAAGCACUUGUGAAGGAACUAAGUUCAUUCGGAUGUAAAUAUGGACAAUGUCCUGAAUAUACUAAACUUUCAUUUCCACAGGAUUUUGGUAGAUCCAGUGCUACUGGACGUGAACCUCCUGUUGUUAAUGACGGUAAAACUGGAGGAGACAUUGGUGAAGAUUGUCUAAAAACAUUAGUAAACCUUGGAAUAACUGGAUCAGUUGUGGCUAGUGCAGUUGGUAUAGAAACUCUAAGGACAACUCUUGAACUGGCCAGAAAGGCCAUUGAUGCUCUUCCUACUGAAAACCAUACUACUAAAGGUUAUUUUGCUCCUGUUAUGGGAUCUCAAGGAUCUGGUGCUGCUGGUUCUUCUGGACCUAAAAUCCCUGAAGGACAAAAUUUUGUUCAAAAUGCUCAAGAUUCUAGCUCCGAAAAUCUUAAAUCGGAACCAGCGCUAAAGGCUGUUAAUGGAUCUUCUGUAGCUCCUACUCAACAACCUAGUGCUUAUGGUGAUUCUAAUAGUGGUAAAAAUGCUAAAGCUGAAGGACUCCCUAAAAUAGAUGAAUUACCUCAAGCUGAAGAAGCUGUUAGUCGAUAUUCUGAAUCCUCUGAAAAAGAACAAAAUGUUGUUAAAUCUGAAAUUUCUCAACUUACUAAAACAUCUCUCCAAGCUACUGAAACUCAAGGUGAAGGUAUUCGACCUGGACCUGCUCCCGCUGGAGGAGGCGGUGGAGAAACUUCUAAAGCUGAUCCUCCUGCUGAAGGUCAACCUAAAGUUGCUGGUUCUACUUCCUCUGCUUCUCAACCUCCUGGAGAACCUAAAUCUCCUCAAGCUAUUGUUGCUGAAACUGCCGCUACUGCUACUGGUCUUGGUGUAAUAUUUGGAUCAUCCUCAGGUACUCUCGCCGGAGCUGGUGGUCUUACUGGAUUUGGUUGGUGGAUCUACAAACGUUCUAGAGGAGAUCCUUGGGUUAGACACGGAUAUCCUAGAGUUUUUAAAGAAUGUGCCAUAUUGAGUAUGCAUAGAUCCACUUGUGGACUUCUAUUAUAG